AACAAGAAUACACGGAGUGUCAGUAACAAAAACAGAGACGCGAAGGCAAACACCUGUUUGCCAAAGGUCAUUCGUCCUACGUUCAUAUUUACCUCUCUGAAAUCCGACCUCUAGUUAGUGUUACUGUUGCUGUUUUUCCUCGCUAUCCACCUGCAGAAAGUUGCACACAUAAAUAUUGCACGCUUGCGGUUAUUAUCGACCGCCAGAGCAGAACGAUUAUCCUCUCGCCAUCCGUAGGCCGUGCUUCCUUAUCAAUCCUGCUCCAUCAUCGUCGUUGGUGUGACGGAUGGGACGUGCUUUAGUUCCAAUUUGUACGUCUGAUUAAGUUGAGUGGUACCGAAAUGACGUCCGGCCAUAAACACCUGUACUCAUGUGUGACCUUCAUCGUGUUUAUGGUGGUAAUUAAUUUCUACAAGAACAAAAUCAAUCAAGCCCGCGAAAGGGAGGCUUUUGUGCGUGCCAAGGCCAAAGCUAAUGUCGGCGGACAAGUCGGACGGCAUGCGUUUCAUCAGACUCAGGCGAGAAAACAACAUCUGCUCCAUUUGGACGAAUUCGGUGGAAGAGACGAAUCCGACAGUUGGUACGAUUUUAGUGGGGAAAGUUCCACCGAAGCUGGUGUUCCCGAGUACGAAUCGAUCCUGGACCGCAUGAGAGAGUACCCGGAGGUGUGCCGUGACAUGGAGGUAUUUUACUUUUCCAGGGAGAAAACGUUCGAGACGUUUAACAGUAGAAAGCUGCGGGAGAGGAAGCCCGCGGGCUCCCAAAUUACCACCGACCACGACUCCAACUCUUCAAUGUACGUUUUCUUAUCGGUAUUGAUAAUACUGUUGAUUGCGGCCGCCGUUGAUAUUGCCAAACACAUUCGUGACAUUCCGAGACAAGAUAACAUCCGUCGUCUGUCGCUUCAGAACUAUCAGACGCUGAUUCGGGAAAAGCAGAAGCAGUUUCGCCUGAUGAAGCAACACUACUCCCAACCGUCAAUGAGCUUCGGCGGUUCGUUCGAUGAUCCAGCAGCAAUCGAGUCAGAUGUUAAGCGGAUAUUCGGAACGCCGCCCAAACCGAACCAAACGGCACUGCUGCGACGACAGUCCGUGCCGGCUUUUAGUUGUCGCCCUGCGACUGGCAAGCAGCUGUUCCGGAGACCUUCGGCGGACUCUUUCGCAUCGGCUGGUGAAGUUCGUGAGCUGGAUAGCAAGGGGAUAGCUAAGAAUGGUUCUCCGACGGAAAUUCGACGGAGAGUGCGGAUGAUUCAUCGACACUGAAUUGCUCAACUGUAAUCUCUCAGCUGUAAUUGGUAACGUUUUGUGAUAAGGUACAGGUUAGGGUUCCGGCUUUUGUCGAAUGAACAUACGAAAGUGUAACUUUGAUGUGAUUUUCUAAAUGAUAAACUUCUAGAUGUUAGUGUUAGUGUGAGGUCGGAGCAAUUUUCUAUCGAUGGUGUUUUUACAAGUCACGCUUAACUAGUUCGGGUACAUGACCAACUCAUCCUCUUUUUCUUAUUUAACUUGAUCAGUAGUGUUCGACAUCGGACGAAAUAGAGUAUGGAAUAUUCGAUUCGAAGGGAUAGAUCGAUUUUGUUUCGGAACUUGGAUUUUAUUUAUAUUUUUAAUCCCGAAUAUUAUGAAAUCUCAAACCGGACAAGUCACAAAACCAGUAAGCAAACCAGGUCAACUGUUGUUAAACCAGAUUCCAAAGCUUUUGGUUUGCUGUUCAAUUCCCAAGUGACUGUUUUUUGCUAUUUGUUUUUUCACUGUGAUAAACUAUUGAAAUGAUUGUUCUCAUUUGAGAAGAUGGAAAGCUUGAUAGGACUUAAGGGAUUAUAUACACUAGCACGAUGCAAGAAAUCGAAACAAUUUCUGGUCGUAUUUAAAUUACCUACAUGCUUUCAAGAAUAUUUCAUGAAAAUUUCGUAGUAAAACCAGAGUUAUGACAAUUGUCAGUGCACUAAUUCGAUCGAAUCGAAUUUUAAACUAAACUCUUUCGAAAACAUAUUUCACCAAAGAUGGUUCGCGGUAUACAAUUUCUAAAAAUUCGUUUUUCAAAACUAAAUGGAGGAUAGUAUCUUAAAUACGACCACCUUUUGACCCAGGACUACGCAAAGUACCUGGUAACCAUUUUUUGCUAAGGUCACUAGUUUUUGCUGCAAUUUAAGUUUUAAAAAAUUAAGAUAUAAAAUUGAAAAUUCUUGGAAUUUUCUACGCAAUACCAAAGAAAGUUAUAGGAACCGAGCUUGUGAUCCUAUGAAUUUCACCCAACUCAAUUGUAUUUCAACCUACCCUUUUGUUAGUUUACUAUUGAACCUUUACAUUCGCACAUUGAGACAUGUAUUCGAAAUAUAAUAAUAAACAAAAUUUAGCAAAACACAACAAUGAUAACAGGGGUCUUCAUGUGGAGCUUGAAUUCAAAUACCCACCCGUAAACUGUGUAUCUUCUCCACUAAAAAAUAAUUUUGUGUCUAGUACAGUACAAGCAACUUCAUUCACAAAUUUACAUUGUUUUAAGGGGUUAUAUACCUUUUUGGUCGAGAAAAAUGAGGGAAGUUUGAAUUUAUUUUUAAGUGCAUAGCACCAUUUUUAUUGCAUCAAAGUGAUAUUUUUUUGAAAGUACAGUUUAACAACAACAAAAAAAUACGUUUGAUUUUGAGAUAUACCAAUUAUUACUGGAGUAAUGGCCGUUUCCCCGAAACGCUUUUUUUUGCAGAGGCUUGCGGUGAUCCUGAUAGAGACUCAGCGGGUCAACCGAAAUCAAAAAACUCAUAUUAUUUCAUUAGUUUAGAAGUGUGCCGGGUCCUUGAACGAUUGCUUUUAUGAGUAUUUUGUUUUCAGUGCAAACGGGAACGUUUUUCCCAAAAAAUGCACGUUUUGAGCGCUAAAAAUUAAAUUAAAUUUUUUUUUGCGGCAAAAUGUAACUGGAUGUUUCAAAAAGCGAUCGUUCAAGGACCGGCGAAUUUAAUAACUAAAAUUUAGAAAAAAAGAUUUUGGAAAUCGGUUCAGUAGUUUUCCCGCAAUCAGGAUCACAAUACAAAACAAUAUCGCACGCUAGCCUGGGAGGCUAAUGCGGUCUCGAUCAACUAGAUUAGUUGAGAGAAUACGUUAUCGAUAUUGUUUUUGGCACAUUUUGCAUGUUAUAGGAUAAGUACAACGAUACACCGUGCCCCAGUGCUGAGUCGAGAAAAUUUCCAGCUCAAGAUCCUCGACCUGAUCGAGAAUCGAACCCGAUAUCACAACCGUGUGGGAGAGCUUACCGACCAACAUCGCUAACCACAGAACCACGGGAAUCAGGAUGACGGCAAAGUCAUUUUCCGAAAAACACUAUUCCGAGAUAAUCGCGUGUAAAGUUUCAAGGUUAGCUUAUGCGGUCGUGGCGAGGCACGCUGCAAAUCGCUGUAACUUUCUUCCUAUUGCUCAGAUCUUUAUGAAAAUGUUCUCAAGAUGUUGUAUUUCAAAAUAAUGCAAUAAAAUUUUUUUCGGUUUUUUGAAAACUAAGAAGGUAUAUAACCCCUUAACAAUUAUUCUGAACUGCGGGGUACUCCUAACAGGGUGGCAAAGCGAAUGUUUAACUACUUCAAUUUUGCUCGAAGGCGCUUAGAAGUGCCGUUUGUAUUUAACCAUCAAUUAUAUAUUAGAAGUUUCGAUUAAUUCGAUAGCAGGGGUUCGAAUAUAUUCUGCUUUCUACUUAAAUUUAUUACGAAAAGCGUUUUGUACUGUACAGAAUUCCUAUCGCUACCUGACAUUACCAAUUUAAUUUUUUUAUUGAUCUAGAAAUCGAUUAUAUAUUAUUAUAUAUUAUAUAUAUUACAGUUUAGCAAUCUUUUUGAAACCGUUUUAAAAUUUCUCAAAAACUUUUGCUUUCACCAAACAGUAACACAAUAUCAUAAAGAAAAUAUUCUGAUAGUUUUGUGAAGAACUGCCUAUACAGUUGAUUUUAGUCAGUUUUGCGGCGACAGACCGAUGUCGAUUCAGUGCCGAAUCCAGUCACUUGAUCGGGAUUCUUGCAACAUAUUUGCCCCUGCUAGUUGAUUCUCCGCACUUUUAACCGUACCGUUGCCGUGUGUUAUCCAUUUGGCUACAUCUGCUGAUUCGUACACCUAGUACACUCAAUGGUUUAUGCGUAUGCCUCACACACCAUUUUCCAGUUUACCGGCUAGAAUUGAGCGGAAGAUCAUACGCUCAAAAACAAGAAUUCGCCGAUGAGCCGCUUUCAGUGUUCAUGCUUCAGUAUCUUGGACACAUACCAGGGAUGGUCGGCCAACCUGCCGUACAUCUAAUUCGUGAUCGACGUCAGCCAUGUCGAUGUUAAGGACCGGGGUAACGAAUGUGAAACUCAUCGUGACCGCCAACUUAUUAAAGGUGGGCAAGGUACCUGGACUGGAUGGAGUCUCGAAUCUGGCCAUUAAAACGGCCGCGGGUUGUUCCGGGCAGUCACGAGGAGGUGCCUGGAUGACUAUCUGGUGGAAGCGACAGAAAUUAGUCCUAUUACUGAAGACUGGAAAACCACCAGGAGACCUAUUAGCAUAUAGGCCUAUCUGACUACUGGACACAGCGGGUUACCCUCAACAGACUGGUGAAGUGCACGAAAGAUGUAAACGGUCUGGCAAGUAAUCAGUUCAAACUCCGGAAGAGUAGGUCCACGCUGGAUGCUAUUUUCUCCGUCAUCAGGAUGGCCGAGGUAGCACUAGAGUUGGUCUGGUUUCGGGUUCAGUUUUUGAAAGUGUCGGGUACGGGUCGGGUUCAGGUUUCGGGCUCGGGUCGGGCUUGAAAAUAUCGGGUUUGGGUUUAAAACCCGAAACAUCAUCAUACAUCAAGCACAAAAGCCACUUCUCGACGUUAAUAACGUAUGCGUUAGAAAAAUGGACUUUUUUCGGAUGGAGGUGAAAAAAUAACUAAGACAGACAAUUGAGUUUGAUGGGAAGGUAAUUAUAUUAGCUUCCUCGCAAAACAAUUCUCAGCCCGGCGUCAGAAAUCCUCGAUGGGACGCAACUUGGGGACGUUGGGCGUGUUCGCCAACUUGGGGACCACAUUGAUAUUCAACCGCUCCAUCUCCUCCAACGAUCGCUUCGAGUAGUGGACCGACGGCAGAUCCGGCCAAAACACCACGUCCUCGGUCUUUUUGUAUUUCUUGUUGAACGACGCAACUUCCGGCAGGUACUUCGUACUAUAAAUUUCCCCGUUCACGGCCAGUCUGCUUCUACCCAUGCUGAGCAACCUUAAGCUGGACAGCUAAAGCCCUUGUUCUCCCCGGGACCACCGUUAGGCAUUACUUCAGGGAGAGGGCCAGUCGUGCUUUUUCGCACUUACCUCUACGGGUAGCAGAGCAGCCUAUACAGGCCAGUUAGUUAACCGCUAACUAACCGGGGCACAUCGAUGGUUUCCCGUCGAUUGGUGCCCUGCAAAAUACUAACGAUCUGUGAUGCGGCCUUGAUGACCGCAUCCCAGAUUUUCCUAAUCUCGCACAUCUUACGCACAAUGUUCUUUGGCGUGGUGUCCGUCCCACUUAUUGCCAGCAUUUCGUACCUUAUCCGCUCGAAACGCGGACAUGUGAUGAACACAUGCUCCGCGUUUUCUUCCGCACCCGUACAUGCGGGGCACAUAGGGGACUCGUACCCGAACCUAUGCAGGUACUGCCUAAAGCAGCCAUGGCCUGACAGGAUCUGUGUCAGAUGGAAGGUUACUUCCCCAUGGCAUCUAAUAAUCCAGCAUGCUAACUCUGGAACGAGUCGGUGUGUCCAUCUACUUUUCGUAGUGUUGGACCACUCCCGCUGCCACCUAGCCAUUGAUGACUUAUGGGGUUGCGUAUACCCACAGAACAGAUAUGCAACUUCGAACAAAACUCUGCAGGAAAUCGGUGCCCAAGCUUUCGCAUUCAUUUUUUGCUGCUCCAUCCUACAUUGAUUUUACAGUGCAUCGCUCGUACAGUUCGCUCCAAUAGUUUGAACAUGUACCAAAAAACUAUUUUUUGUUUUGUUUCAAUGACCAUGCAAAAAGGUGAUUUUGAAUGGUUGAAUCUAUCAAAAUCAAGUUAAGACAGGACUGCAUUCAAGAGAUCUUCAAAGUGAAAAUUCAGUAACACACAGUUCACAAUCGACAUCUAGAACAAAUUAAACUAAAAAUCUUUCAACCAUUCAAACAUUGUUUAAUAAAUUUUAUUGGAUCGUACACUUCGCGACUGGUGAAACUAUUUUAACCUGUUAGUUGAUUUACUUGAAUAUUUUCAUUGGAUUUGGAGACCAAAUUUCUCGGCAAACGACAAUAUUUAUUUCUCGUACCGUUUUUUUAUACCUAACAUUUCAAGUAAUGCUUGUCAGACGCGCUAUACACAGCACUGCUUACGACAUUAGGUACAAUGUAAAAUAAUGAUUAUCGUUGGUCAUAUUCAGUUUUCAAGUUGGGCAGCAAUGAAUGCAUUAAAAAAAUAUGUACAUAAAAACCGUUGCACGUAUGCGAGUAGUACUGUACGAUUAUCCUGGAAAGGCACCCUAGCUAUACCAGUACCGGGGAGAACAAAGAAUUCUUUCGACGAAAAAACGGCGAGAGCGCAUACAGUUUUUUGCUUGUUGGUUUUGUAUGAGGUCAAGAGAGACCGAAAUAAUUCUUUACCACGAGCAGGUAUGGAUGAUAUAGGCGUAAUAAAAUUCCGAGUGUAAAAUGCGUCCUCUCCACCGCUACAUGUCGAUACUUAAAAUAAAGAGAUUUUGUCUCGUUUUUGGUUCUUCAGUUGAACAUAUGUGGUAUACCCCUCGUGUCGCGUUGGUUGAAUCGAAGCACUCUACAUCCUCUUUGACGAUGAUGCUGAUGGGCAUCAUGCCAGCCAAGACACAAACCGCCUCGUACGACACUGUUCGGUAUGCGCACGCGACCCUUAGGCACAUUAGCCUGUACGUACUCUCAAAUUUGCCGCGAUGGCACGAGGUACUCAAUACCUUGGACCACACUGGCCCUACAUACCUGAGUAUGGACGUAGUCACGCUAGCAAGGACUUGCGCCUGCUGCUACGGACCGCCGAGCUGUUUGCCAUCAUGCGAGACAGCGCCGCCACAGCCAUUGAAGCUUUCUUACAACGUGGCUCCCGAACGUGAGCUUGUCGUCGAUCAUAACCCCCAGAAGCUUCAGGGAGCUUUUUGAGGCGAUAGUGCAUGCACCAGCACUGAUCGAUGCCUCCUGUUCCGACUUUCUGUUAUUUACAACAAUAACCUUAGUCUUAUGGUGCUGGUUUUCCUGGAGUGCAUCCAGUCUUCCACUACGCGUAUGGAUAGCGCGGCCUUUAACUCCACCUCUCUAACUGACUCGCCAUAGACCUCAAGAGUUAUAUCGUCGGCGAAGCUCACAAUCACCACCCCUGGAGGGAGUGUUAGUUUCAACACGUCGUCAUACAUGGCAUUCCACAGUACCGGACCCAGGAUGGAACCUUGCGGUACACCUGUGGUAACUGGGACGCUUUUCUGACCCUCGUUUGUGUUGUACACAAACUCAGAAUCUUGUACAACGGCGUCAGCACUCUGAGGCUCUGUAGCGCUAAGGCUAUGGAGUCCCAGCUGGCACUGUUAAACGCGUUCUUCACGUCGAGCGUGACGAUCGCGCAAUAACGAAUGCCGUUCUAGUGACGGAGAGGAUUGCAUCCACCGUGGUUUUCGAAAACCGAACUGAUUGCUUGAUAGACCGUUCUCACCUCACCGUUUCACCAGUCUAUUGAGGAUUACCCUCUCAAGCACCUUGCCCGCCGUGUCCAGCAGGCAGAUUGGUCUGUAUGCCGAUGGCUCACCUGGUGGUUUCCCGACCUUCGGCAACAGCACCAGCCUCUGGCGCUUCCACACGUCCGGGAAGAGGCAGUCGUCAAGGCAUUUUUGCAUGACCGCCUUGAACAACCCGGGGCCAGUUUGGAACGAAAGAAGAGCAACUUUGACCUUCUUGGGGAACUUGAUGGUUUAAAGAAACUUCACCUCGGUGCUCACUUUCUUCGUGGGGGAGGUGAAGUGCGAAGUGCCCUGCUAGUCGUUGCCAUCCAGGGUGAGACAGGUCUCGUCGUCCAUCACCACCGUCACUUCGUGAUUUGCUGGUAAAAUCGACUUGACCAUCUUAUUCAGGCGCUGACGCUACGUCAUUGACUGCAGCUCCGAGACUAGUGGACGGGACAGCUGCUUCCUGACAUGUAUGUCCAUGUUCGCCAGGUACUUUUCUACUGUUUAGCCGGUUGCACAGAUCUCGUAGACAAGUGCACGCAGCGAUAUAGCCACAUUUCCCUUGGUCUUUCUCUUCAGCAUCCUUUGGAGCUUCUUGUUGCUCAGGGUCGUCGGCCGUCCAAAACCGUGCUUUCUUUCAAUGCUCUAAUUGUUGUCCAAUAGUGCCAAGAUGUUGUAGAUGCCGAAACGAGCGUAUUCGGUGUCCAAGACGCGUUCGACGCGACGGGGUACCUUUCUUUGAACGCACACUUCUGAACGAAGUAGCUUCACUGUUUUCGCCAUCACGGUUGGAGUUCAACUGAUAGAGCUGUCAAUUUUUUCUGCUGACUUGUGGGAUAAUAUGAUUUCUGCUGCAUGUGUAGUUUCGUCAGUGUGUGUAAAGGUAAACCGAUUGCGUUAAAAAAAUCGUCAAUUUUUGUCCAUUUUUUUAACGCAAACGUUACUUAACCGUCGUCCCGGGAAGAUCAGGGCUUCAGACUGGAGAGGCUUAAGUGGGUUCGGAACAGGCCAAGUAGGUGUCUGGGGGAGUGUAACUCACUCCCUAAGUUUUUCUCAGAUGUCUGUGAGCACAUUCCCCCGCCACCUUGGAAAAAAAAGCGCCCCAUCGAAAACCAUAUUGGUAUCCGUCGACAUAGUGUAAAGUGAAGCGGAAGAGAAUUUCAUAUCGUAUCACCUUCACAAAAAUUCGGUCCUCAAACUGAUGUUCCAUCUGACGAUGGAGUCUCUUUUCAGUGGCUCUAGCUGCUCGAUACCUCUCUCCGCUUUGACGCGUGACAGUCGUAGCCAACUCUGACGCGGUUUUUCUCAUCCGUCGCUUGCGUCGAGUUAGUGAUUCGAAUCAAUGUCAGGCCUUUCCAUUUGAGUGUAACGCAGCAAGCCUCCUCAUUUCGGUGCUUUCAGGAAUGCUUUCGAGUAUUUCGGCGUGCAAAAAAAAUGGUACAGAUAGCCAUGUCUCUGGCUACAGCGAAAUUAACAAGCUUCAAACCAUUGUCGUUCGUAAUAGAGUGAAAGCUUUUACUACCAGUUACGGGGCUCGAUGACGACCUUGACGUCGUGUCGUUGUCUAAAAAACGUCUUUUAAAAAGCUCAUGGAAGUUCUGUUUCUCGUCAUCGGUGCGUACACAUUGACUAGGCUGUAAUUGACAGUCACUGAUCGGCCUCCAUCUAAUGACACGCUUCCUCUGUUUCCCUACCAGCACGAAACCAAUUCCUCUUUCUGCUUCCACGCCACUUAAUUCCAUAGCGCCUUUCACCUUUAUCCUAGCUUAAUAAAGUCUUCGGAACAAUUGUAGAGCAACAUGUCAAAAGGGUCUAUCUACUUUCAUCGAUUUUCUUGAUUGAAUUUUCAGUUGUUUGACAGUUCUAUUUAAAAAGCAAGAUUAGAUUCUCCGCUAUCAAAUGGUGUAAAGGACAUAUCAUGAAACGUGUUUAAUAAGCCGUGGCGGUUGAAAGAAACCGAUCGAUCAAAAAAUCGAUCAAAGCAGAGAGAUCCUUUUGACAUGUUGCUCUACAAUUGUUUGUAUGAAUUACCCGCAUAAUCGCAAAUUGUCAAAAAGUAUGAAUAGUUUACUAUACUAAAAAUAAAAAAAAAUAACUUUUAUGUGUUAAGAGAUAGAAGAAUAGUUUAUUCAGCAAAGUUGUAUAAGAUUCAAAAAUAUGAAACUUUGUUGAACAAAUGAAAACCCUAUCUUUUUUUUGGUACAAAGUUAUAAAGUAUAUAACAUAAAACAUACUUAAAAGUUAGUUUUUUGUACUUAACUUUUGUUAGUUGCAUCAUAGUUAACAUCAUGAUUCUACUUAAAAGUUAAAUACAAAAAACUAACUUUUAAGUAACUUUCACAGAAAAUACACCGUAACUCUGUACCCAAUGAGGAUAGGAAUUUUAUUUGUUCAACAAAGGUUUAUAUUUUUGCACGUUCUAAAACUUUACCGAAUUAACCAUUCCUAUGUCUUAUAACACAAAAAAGUUAGUAUGUUGAAUAUAUGAAAACCUACUGUAAUAUAUGCUCACCGUACUCCCAUAUGGGUGGAUUGGGACAAAUGGAACCUUAAGGAGAUUAAAGUACUUCAGCUUAACUUCAAGGAAAAGUAUUGACAUCAUGAUUCCACUUGCCCCUUUUUAACCUAUACGUUCUUGAAGUUAUCGAAAAAAUAAGCUAAAAUAUGAUAUAACUUUGUAAGGAAAAGUCCUGAAGAUAUAUGUCCUUUGGCAAAAAUGUGUGUUUUGUGUGCCCUAACAAUUCCUUCGAACAAUACUUUAGUGUAAAAUGCAGCUAACAAAAGUUAAGUACAAAAAAUUAACUUUUAAGUAGGCUUCAUGUAAUAUACUUUAUAACUUUGUACCGAAAGAAGAUAGGGGCUUCAUAUUUUUGAAUCUUCUACAACUUUGCUGAAUAAACUAUUCUUCUAUCUCUUAACACAUAAAAGUUUUUUUUUUAUUUUCAGCAUAGUAAACUUUUCAUAUUUUUUGACAAUUAGCGAUUAUGCACUUUUUGCCUUAUUGGACCACUGUGCACUGUAGUAGAUGUGGUACUUAAAUGAAGUGUCCGUAAUAGGAUCUUCUACCCUUCUACCCGCAUAUUCUCCUUUCACAGCUCUCUAGCCGAAAUAUCUGCGCGUGUCGAUUUUAGUAAAGUACUAAGAUUCAUGCCAGAGACUGUUGUACGCCGCUCCUUAUACGGGGACACAGCCGGUACAAUGCCCUUCCCAGUCAGCAUACGACCGAAGUUUCCAUCGCGGUUGGUUACCCGAUCUCCAUUAAGGUUACUUGUAUCCCGGUUGGCACCUUACCAUGACAUAAACUAUGAAUUAAUAGUUUGCAACGAACGCCACCCGCCAUAAGUUUUAAAUCACUUCACUUUCACCUUCCAGAAAGUUUAGCAUAUCCUGGAAUAGAUCGAUAUCUCGUGUUUUCGUGAUAACCGAGAUAAAUUUAGUUCAGAAUACUCAAAACUACUUACACACUAGGGCCACCUAGUGGAUGAAUUCCAUAUGAAACUGUAAAGCAAGGUUAUAAUAGAACAAAUCUGAUAAAUUCAUUUAGUUUUCACUUCCGUGCAUACCUAAUUUUUUUUCACAUUUAUUUGAGUGCAUACCUAAUAUAGAAAGACUACUCGCUAGGAAUGUUCCGAUGUCGAUCACUAAUUAGCUAUAAUUAAGAUUGAGUUGAAAAGUAUGUGGUGCAAACUGCGAACUAUUAAAACAAAAUCUCAAAAUAAACAACUUUAAAAAUGGCUGUUCUGACGGUUUGGGUUUGUGUAAGGACAAUCAUUCAUCAUUUUUUUAGGUUCAGUAACGUUGUUAAUCAUCACUGUUGGAGUUCGAUUAUUUUUAGAAAUAGAUCAAGUUUUUAAUUCAACUAUCAAUCAAAGAGGGGUAAAAACGUAUGUUAUUUCACAAGGUUGUUGCAUUUCAAUCAUUUAUUAGCUACAGACAAAAGUAGCUAUUUUCUGAGGCUGAUGAAGGGUUUCACCUAAUUGGCAAAAAUAGAUUUUAGAGAAAACUUAAAAUGGGGCUCCGACAAAAAAAAAAACAAAGUUAAAUUUAUAAUUUAUACAGUAUCAACAAUGCAUAAAAACAAUUUCCUUUUUUUUCUUUUUAUGUUGAACUUUGGGGUUCUCUUCAUGACUACAAAGGGAAAAGUUUUCGCUGAAUAGAAAGAAAUCAUCAAUCUGUCGUUGAAUAUAUGAAAGAAGAGACAUUUCACUUAAGCUGUUAAUGAAUGAGUUUAGAUUGAGCUUUAGUAGUUAGGUCAAAUACUUCGGAGUCAUUAUGGAUUAAAACUUACGAUAAAGUUGUCAUAUCAGAAGAGAGACAAAAUCUCAUUUUACUCUAGAAAAAAAUCUCACGAAAAUAUGAAAAUUUAUCUUUUCUUGCGUUGAACCGACAACGAAUACAACAUCAAUAGUGAUAUAUUCGCCAGAAACUAUAAAAUGGGGUAGAAACAUUUUGGCAUACACAAAAAAAAAACUGAGGCCACGCUUUUACUUGCUUGCUGAAUUAUGUGAACUGCUUUAGUUUCCGUAAAAUGGAGUGUGUAAAGUUAAAAUUAUACUAAAAUUUAUGGACCCUAUUACAGAAGGCUAUUCGAAUCGACUCGCCCAUGUAUUUCAAAUGAAUCUUGAUAUUUCUGAGAAAGAUGCUACUUGGGAUCUACAAUAGUCAUCUUAAAGACAUUUCUACAUUUCUACAAUUUUCCAUCGCUUCCAUAACUCUUGCUAUCAUAAGAUAGAUCGAGAGUGAGAAAUUUUUCUAAAGUUUUGUUCACUAAAUAAGGUAUUAAAAGAACUCUAAAUAUGGAAUAUUCAACUGAAUUUUUAAACAUAAAAAAAAAACUUUACUAUAAAAAAGAUAUAUACGAACAUGAAAAAUCAUCCUGUGUAAUUUCACAUAUCAAAGAGGACAUUUUUUCAACUAGUGAUAAGAAUAAACCACAAAUCCUCCUGCUAGUACAAUCAUGAGUAAAUCAUCAUCUCUUUAUUAUGCUCUUUAGACAUAAGCUCUUGGAAAAUAAAUAAAUGUGUUAGCGAUAAGUGAGGCAAACGUAUCAGACGGUAAUUCAUACCAAUAAAAAUGAAUGAGUGCACUUUAUUACUAAAAUAAA